GCACCUACUUCUUUCCAAUCCUUGUCAUCGCACCAGGACUCCGAUAAGGACCAUGCUUACCAGCAAGCACGUGACGCCUUGCGCUUCUCGAAGGGCCCGCCCAUUCUCCAGCUGCAAUCCACGGCUCGGAAUUCGAGCUCAGGCUGGCGAGGGUGGCCCGGGAAGCGCUCCAACGCAAACCGCUUCUCCGCCGAGACCUGCUUCGGCACCUCGCCCUGCCGCUGGUCGGCCCAUGCCUCCCCCACGCCGUGGCGCCGGCAUGCCUCAACGCCCCGACGUGCUUCUGGGUCCUGACGGUCAGCCACUUGAGGUCGUGCGUGUGGAGAACAUGUCAGAGCAGGCUUGGGCGGGUGUGGCGCGUGUGGACCGGGGCGAGGAGGAGUUCGACUGGAAGUCCGCCGCCCUGCUGGCUGCGGGCGACCUGGCUGCGCUGGCGCUGUUCGCUGCGGCGGGGCGGGCCAACCACGGGGAGCCGCUGAGUGCGGAGACCAUUAGCACCGCCCUGCCCUUCGUGCUAGCCUGGUUCGCCACCGCGCCCUUCCUGGGUGGUUUCGGAGCCGAGGCGCGCAAGAAGGGCGUGCCCGCCGCCGCCACCACCGCCGCCAAGUGCUGGGCGGUGGGCAUCCCCGCGGGGUUGCUGCUGCGCGGGCUGCUGCGCGGCUACGUGCCGCCGCUGCCGUUCGUGGCGGUCAGUCUGGCGGUGAACGGGGCGCUGCUGGUGGGCUGGCGCUCGGCGCUGGCGGCGGUGUCCAAGCCGGAUGAGCCCAAGAAGCGGAAGGAUAGGUACGGAAACCCCCUCGAGUUCCUCGACCUGCUGAUGUCGCUCACGAAGCGAUGGUAAAGCAGCGCCUGGCUUGAUGCCUCGUUCAUCGCACGAUGCCGUACGAGUCGUGUGAUCUGUAAACUGUUCCCGGUGUAAAAAAUGUUAUGUUAAACUUGGUGUGUUUAGCGUCGGAAGGGCUAGGCGACGAGCGCUAUCUUUCCAGAAGUCUGCAACACACAAGUGUUCGGUGUGAAGCCUUGCAAAUAUAAGCACACCUGAAAAAUCUUCUUAGGCAUAACUUCUUUUAUGUUUUCCUCAUAACGCGUGUGUGGAUCAACAAAUUUUGGUAUUGGACGUCGACCGUGCAAGAAUGCCGGGCCAACUGGAGACUCUGGCGAGCGACCUUUUGGUCAAGUAUGUGGUCGCUACGGAUGAUGAUAUCCUUUGCUGAUAUAGAUGCGUCGCUUGCGCUUGUUGGUUUUUUGGUCAUCCGCCGACAACGUAUGUCGACUCACGUCGCGCCUGCCGCGGCUUGCAGAUCAUACCUGCUGGCUGUCCAAAAAUAUAAAUACUACCAUGAUGCUUCAUUUCCCUUCAGUGAAGGUGUUGGGGACGGGUAAGCGAUUUCGUUGCCGCAUGGUUGGCCUCUGUCGCUAUAUGCCUCCUAACGGUAAACGAAACCACUAUGACACAGGGGUUUAGGUUCAACCCCAGCUGCGACGCGGGUAGAUGCUGUGUCAACGGCUCCGGCAGUCAGCAACAGUCCUGGUACUGCAGCUUCCUGUGAGCAGCCUGCAGAGGCUCACGCGCUCGACAAGCACGGCAGCUGUAAUGGAAUCAGUGCCGGUAUGGACGUUACGCAGCCCCCAUCUCACCGGGAUCUUGCUCCGAGGCCCCCAGCCUUGUCCUGCGGGAGACCCAGUAACCCUCCCAAACUGCACACCGGCACGGGUGCUCCCGCUCCGGCCUCAACCACCCCCGUUCCCGGCCAAGCCACUCCCAGCACAUCUGGGCGACCUGAAGCCGAGCCGCAGCCCCCGGCCCGCACCUCCAUUACAGCAGUCCCAAAAGCCAGCAACCCUCACCCAGGAAACGCACCUUCAACCCUCGUAUGUGAGGCACGGGGCGCCGGACCUGCCAAGCCGAAAGGGCAAGGGCCUCAUGCCACACCUUUGCAUGCGACACACGCUGCUGUUCCAGCCUCGCGCCCACAGCAGCAUGCCCAGGCAGCGGGCCACGCGGUCUCUGUGGCACGUACGGACGGCUCAGGACCCAGCUGCAGUACCACCGCGCCGAAGCAUCUGCACCAGCUAGGCGGGCAACAGCAGCAG